GUGUCGGUGGAGGAGCGCAGCAUGGCAUCAGUAGUCAGUUUCCUUGUGCCAUGCCCUGCACUGCUCUGCUGCUCUCCCACCGAGCGCGUCUGCUUCUUCUUUUUCUUCUUCCAGACUCUCUCGUUCCGGUGCCCGGCUGGUCUCACCCAUGGCCUCGUCGGUUUUCCUCAGAUUUUCUGAACGUGGAUGGAUACCCGUGACUGUGACGAUGUAUCAGACAGGCGGUGACGCUCCGUUUUCUCGCUUUCUUUUCUCGUCCACCUUGGAUCUCCUGAGGCAUCUAUGGAGGCAUGCCUGAUCCUCAGUUAUAGAAAUUAGUAUGGAGUAAGUAUGGUUUGAUCGGAAUGGGAGGUGUUGCGGCGUUGAGCAUGGGGAUAUUCGAGAUGUGGCUGUUUGCAUUGAGGUUUGAGCGACUUUAGCUGAUGCAGAUGCGCAGGCAUUUGGACGAGGUCAGCUGAUGUAUCGGAUGACGUGGUCGAAUGUUUGUUUGGUUAGAAUGCCGGCUGCGCGGACGUACCCGGCAAUGACAAAGCACGUCGUGUUUUGUGCUUGGCAGGUGUGGCGGUAGGCCUUGAUGCGAGGUUGUGACCUGUACUAAAUCUUGCUGGGAAUGAUGAAUUGAAGUGCGGUGCAUCUUUAAGAUGUGUGGCUGGAAUGUGUGUAGCCCUACUACUGAGAAAGGUAUCCGAAGGAGUCUAGGGCCCUCAGUCUUUACAGCUGAGUAAGAGCAGGGACAGAGAAUAUCAAGCUGGACUGGGAGAUGGCUUAAGAGUUGGAUAAAAUGUCGCCUGCAUGCUCCCUACCCGGGCUACUGGGGGUAAACGGAAGCGUUGGCGGCGAUGGAGUUCUCAAUUUAGACAUAUUGCAGAUGCAUUCCAAUGGCAGCCAUGCCGUUUGCGUCGGCGAGAGUUCUUCCAAAGGCUCUCAAUCCCUUACCUUCGAUACCACCACGGAUGCUGACGGCGAGGGGAGCACGCCCUGCGAGCGAGAGAUUCCCAAGGUGGUCACUGUAUUAGCCUCGGUGCUUGACCGUCUUGUUGCCAGUAACGAGCAGUUCGCCACUACACCAUCCCAACCAAGCGUGUAUAACCCUAAGACGCUUACUAUAUUUCACGGCCUGCGUGCGCCUAGCAUCAGCAUUGCUAAGUACUUGGAACGCAUCUUCAAGUACACAAAUUGUAGCGCAUCGUGCUUUGUUGUUGGAUAUGUCUUCAUUGAUCGUCUCAUCCACCAGCAGCCUGAAUUGCUCGUCACUUCUCUCAACGUGCAUCGGCUGCUGGUUACGAGUGUGAUGGUGGCCACCAAAAUCCUCGAUGAUGUGCACUUCAACAAUGCUUUUUUCGCCCGAGGGGGAGGUGUCAGCGUGAGUGAGCUGAAUAGAUUGGAACUUGAGUUUCUGUUUCGAUUAGGCUUUAGGCUCACUGUGACAGUCAGUUUAUUUGAGAGCUAUUGCUCUUAUCUUGAAAAGGAGGUGAUGGCUAUCGAGAAGAAGAUGGAACAUCUAGAACGAAGCCUGCCCGCAUUCGGUAGUGCCUCCACAAGUCCUGAAGGGAAGACACCUAUGCACUGGAAAAAAGCAUCUUCAGGACGUCAAGGAGAGCCAUUUGAUCCAAAUCACCUUCAAGCAGAAUAUGACCAUACUUUUUCUAGAAUGAUGACUAGGGAGGUGUCUCCAAGUUGAAAUUCCUUCCUCUCUUUAUGGCUAAGAUGUUAAGUUUGAUAUGAAAGAGAUCAUGACACUUGCAUCAGUGAUGUUUGGGGAGAUGGUUUUCUUCAAUUGUUGCUCUAUGGAAAUCGUAGCUACGCAUUCAAGUUGACCAUUUCUUUCAAGAAUGAAUCAGUGGAAAUAAGUGCUUUGAGUGUUGUGUUCUCAUUGAUUAUAAGCACUUUUGGUGCAGGCAAUGCAAUAUGAUGAGACCCCUGCAAAGAUUUUUUAAUCA